AUGAAGCGUCUUAUCCUUGGUUUUGUGCUCUUCUCUAUAGUCGAGCUAGCCCUCAGCAACGUCUACCUUAGCACCUGUGCGAGGAUGGAUGUGCCUGUGCUUGAAAAAGUCGCACAUGGAGCUUGCAUUACUUCCUGCAGCAUCCAGAACUGUGGCUCUGGUCAUUGCGAGAUGAGAGGAGGACGAAAAACCUGCGUUUGCACAAGAUGUGCGAACGGCGGAAAUGUUCCUCUCGAUUUACUGAUGAGAAGGAGAGGAUGA